AUGGCUGAUGAUCAAAGAGCAAAAAUCACAUCUCUUAAUAGAAAGAGAGGUAGUAUAAAAUCCUCUUUAACAAAGCUGAACUCUUUUAUCGAAACGGAUGAUUCAAAGGACUCAAUAGUGUAUCAAACCAAACUGGAUAAUCUUCUCAAGAUUAAACAAAACCUAGAACAGAUUAAAGAAGAGUACUUCGUCACAGCCGAGGAUUCCGAAUUACAAGAAUUGGAAGAUUCGGUAGAAGAAUUAGAAGAAGAGUGCGAAAGACUAGAGAUGUUUCGUCAGAUUUUAGUUGUGCCACAUCAAAGAGACUAUUUACGAAUUUUAUGGUUUGAUGAAAACUCUCAUCAAGAAGUAACAUUUAGAUUAAAAACUGUGACAUAUGGCACUUCAUGUGCACCUCAUCUUGCCAUACGCACCAUUAAACAAUUAGCUUUAGAUGAAGCGUCGGACUUUCCGUUAGCAUCGGAAAUGGUUUUACGCGACCUUUACAUGGAUGAUGGGAUUACAGGUGCCCCGGAUAUCCAAACUGCUCAAAUUCUACAACAACAGCUUAUAAAAAUGUUCGCAAGAGCAGGAAUGUCUUUACAUAAAUGGACUUCAAACUCACAGGAACUUUUAAAUAGUUUUCCAACUUCUAAUCCUGAAAACACUUUUCCCAUAGAUGAGCAGGUCUCAAAGGCUCUUGGCAUGCAUUGGAAGCCUUUCGAGGAUUUAUUCAUAUUCACAGUCAAGUAUGAGAAUGAAUCUAUACUCACGAAACGAACAGUUCUGUCAGUCAUUGCCAGACUAUACGACCCCUUGGGUCUGCUGGGACCAGUUAUAUCUAAAAUGAAGAUUUUUCUCCAAAAAUUGUGGUUGCAAAAACUUACAUUUGACGACCCCCUUCCACCAGCCAUUGGUAAAGAGUGGAGUCAUUUAGUUCAAUCCCUUAGGGCUCUUGAACUAGUAAAAAUCCCAAGAUGGAUUUUAAAUGAAAAUCCUGCAAAAUUAAUUCUUCAUUGUUUCUCAGACGCCAGUGAAGCCGCAUAUGGAGCAGUUAUUUAUCUACAAUGCAUCAGUGCCAAUAAUAUAGUCACAUCUAGACUUGUAUGCAGCAAAUCUCGAGUCUCCCCAUUAAGGACUGUCUCCAUUCCCAGAUUGGAACUUUGUGGAUGUCUUCUCGCUGCUCAACUAAAGGCCAAGGUUGAAAAAGCUUUACAUCUACAAAUUGAUAGCGCAGUGCUGUACACAGAUUCUACUAUUUCCCUAGCCUGGAUUCAAACACCACCACAUCGUCUCAAGACAUUUGUUGCAAAUAGAGUGGGAAAAAUACAACAACUGACGCAGAACAACAAAUGGCAGCAUGUUUCCUCCACUUUAAACCCAGUAGAUGUGAUAUCAAGAGGACUAGUUCCAGAACAACUGAUUGACAACUAUUUAUGGUGGAAUGGACCAACUUUCCUUCAAGAACUACCUGUUUCUGUGAACUGUGCUGACCAACAAAUGAUUGAUGCAUCUCAAGAUUCUCAAUUUUUAUUGGAACUCAAGGACAAUAACACUCACUCCUUAAUUUCUAGGAAACUGCAGAAACAAGAAGAUGAAGGGUUCACUCUCCUCAAAGGAAAUCGAGGAAGCAGAAUUUAA